AUGUCUGCUCUGAUAGCGACCCCAACAAGGCUGUCACCCGUUCAGCAGCUUCAACGCUCUCCAUAUACAGACAUCUACACAAAUGCACCCAUUACUCCGCUUCGCUCACGUACCAAUGUGCAGCACUUAAACUUGACCGUUUCCCAUGCACACCCAGAACCGCGGCGAUGGAAGAAUCCCGGUGGAUGGGGUGCUCGUCACAUCAACGACACCGCGCCAUUUACGCUCUGGAAUGAAAAGAACAGACAGUUCCGCCUACCCAGCCGAGAAGAGUUGAUCUGGAUUCAAAACAAAUUCGGAGAAGGGACCCUAACGUUAACGUGGUUUAUGUCCAUUGUGACAGCCUGCCCGCCACAACCAGUUCCUCUUACCGUCGGCACGAUGCCCGUUAUCUUUAUACGCCCUGGUGAGACUUUGCCAUCUUUAAUCCCAAGUUCUGGCUAUUCCAAUCCUAGAAUACCAGAUCCCUGCCCUGACUUACACUGGCCGAGAAUGGCGCUUCCCACCAAGAGUCAACAAGUGGAAUAUCUUGAAGCGCUUGAGCAACUUGCAAAUGUGCGUGCGGUUAUGUUUCUGCCUUAUUGGACCAUUUUGGAAUUGGACCAUCGAGACGGCCGUCUUUACGGGAAAGGCUCACUCCCCGGUGUAGUCGCAGGACGCACCGCACUCUAUCACCAUGCAGAAGCACCUUUCUUCACUACAAUGAGAAGUCAAACUCGGGCUCGCUUCAUCAACCCUUUGCAGCAAAUCAAUGGUUCAUGCCCACAGGAUGACUCUAAUUAUCUUCGAAGAGCUCGCCUUACACCAGGAUGCAGAGUGGAAUGUGGUUUUGGCUCUCCAGGCACCUCGAAUGAAUCUUACAACUGCGCGACUUCAUCCGGUGUCAAGAUCCGCAAUUCUGUGGGACAAGAAGCCCUCACCGUUGCCCAUCAUGGCUUCCUUACAUCAAACGCAGUUUUUCACCCACGAGUCAAUGGAGACCAAAUCGGGCAGAUCUUUCACUCACUGCCGGAACUAGAUAUUGCAUUCGUUCGACUCACACCAACCACAUCCGCUAACUUUACCAAUUCUUGCUACUUUCAGGCCGAACCGCCAACAAAGCUAAUAGAUGGAUAUGAAAUUCAGGGAGGAUCGUGGAGCGAAGUAGACGGAAUGAGCUCUGGUCUGAUCAGUCUUAUGGCGUCUGGUAGGCAGAUGUUGCGGCCAAUUCGACCGGCUGGACAUCCAGAGAUUUCCUAUGCAAAGUGGGACACACGCAUUAUUAGUUUGAGUUUUGGAGCGGUCAAUGAGAUUAUUUCCGAUGGUAUAUGUGGAGCGCCAAUAGUUGACGUGGAAACCGCUGGAGUUGUUGGAUUCUUUCACCUCUUUGAUGGAACGUUCGCGCUACAUGCCCAUAUCGACGAAUUGAUUGCCGAAGGCUGGAACUUGAUUUAA